ACGCUGUACGCUCGUGCUAACAGGAGAGAGAGUGGGAUGCAAUUCGAUCAUGUACACUGUACGCACACAUGUUGUUACAGGCUUGUUACACAUGUUGUUACAGACCCACAUCUCAACAGAUCAAGGCUCUUGGGACGGUACCGUGCGCCUGUGGAGUGUGGUGCUUCCUCCCCCAAACCCAUCCAGCCAUGUCACAACACCCACGCGUGUACACAGCGCAGCUACGUGCCUGUACACCUUUGACGAGCACAGGGCGUCUGCAGUCACGUGUAUGGCUUACAACAAGGGCCGGUACUUUCUCACCGGGUCGUUAGACAACUGUGUGCGCGUGUUUGACUUGCGGGAGCAGCGUCUGAGACGCACAUUGAGGGGCCACACCAACACCAUAUUAUGCGUCCAGUUUGACACCAAGCACAUUGUGAGCGGCAGUGAGGAUGCCACGCUCAAAGUGUGGGAUGUGGCAUCUCUGACCGCAACACACACUCUCACAGGCCAUACGGGCGCCGUAACCGCAUGCAUGUUCAAUUCUGAUUGGCUGGUCUCCACAUCUGUAGAUAGCGGGUCUGGUGACAACACAGUCAAGAUCAUCAACUUUGGCAAUCCGGACUGUGAAUUCGAAGGCAUAGCGACUAAAGUGCCGUGGGAGAUAAGAACGCGUGCCAAGUCACUGUCAGGUACUUUCACCACCAACGUUGUGAGCACCCAACCGCUGAUGCAACGGGAGCCGUGCAGCACAGCCAGCCAUCGCACAGAAGGCCAGGUGCGCGCAUAG